AGCAGACAGACAGGCAAGGCAGAAAUGAGGAGGAGGAGGUGGAGGAAGCUGCAGCAAAGCCAAGGAUGGAGCAGAUGCCGGAGGAGAGAGAGAGAGAGACUAAGAGGAAGAGGAAAGACGUGCAACAGGACAGAUUUUUUAUUAUUAUUCCACAGACAGCAGGAUUUUUCCAAAUCUCAAGAAAUAGCAAAUUCAGAGCUUGUUUUAUAAAAGUUGAGCCCAUCCGUCACCAUGGAGCGCUCCUCCACCUCCAUGGUCAACAUUUCCCUGGUGGACGAAUGCGAGGUGGAGGAGCAGCGUUCGCUGCUGCCUCCCGCCAGAACACUCUCUCCCCGCCGGGCCUGCCCUCCCCAGUGCGGAAUCUGCCCGGCCGUUCAGAGGUGCGCGGAUCGCACGGUGUGGCUGGACCGGACCCAAGCCAUGGCCACCAUGCCUUUAUACAACGGCUACCGGUGCACCCGAGCCCCGCCGUGCUCCCCCAGGAGGGCCGACAAAGUCAAAUGCAAGGAGAAGAAACGUCAGAGGAAGGAGCAUAAAGCCAAGGCUUCUGGAGCUUCCAGAAUCCAGGUCUGCACUUUAAAUGACAGGUCCCCCUUCAAAACCUCCGCCAGGCCCUCGGUCCAAAGCCUCCAGUGGCAGGAGAUGAGCCAGAGCCUCCCGGAGAUCAUCGUCACCAGCAGAGACGACGAGCCGCCCCAGGAAUCGCCCCCGAGCCAGGAUCGGGGUCCUCUACCGGGGGCGCCCUGCAAUUCCGACCCCAAACACAAAACGGAGUCCAAGGAUGACCACUACUGGAAGACGCACAGCAUCGGGUGGCGGCUGCUGCGUAGGAGGGCGCUCUUCCUCCGCAGGCAGCGGCUUAACGACUGCGCUCUGGCCGUGGGGACUUUUGGCGUGUUCAUGAUGGUCAUGGAAACGGAACUCUCUUGGAGUGUCUACAGCAAGAGCUCCAUCUACUCACUCACACUCAAAUCCAUCAUCACCCUUUCCACCAUCCUUCUGCUGGGCCUCAUCAUAGCGUACCACUGCUGCGAGGUGCAGCUCUACGUCCACGACAGCAGCGCGGAGGACUGGCGCAUCGCCAUGACGACGGAGCGCCUGACCCUGAUCGCCCUGGAGCUGGCGGCGGCGGCGAUCCAUCCGUACCCGGUGGGCCUGGUGGCCUACAUCACACAGCAGAAGGCGCAGACGGCGCUGUCCGAGACGGAGCUGGAGAUCGUGCUGGCGCUGCCAAUGUUCCUCAGGCUUUACCUGCUAGGCCGCGCCAUGAUGCUACACAGCAGGCUCUUCACCGAUACGGCGUCACGUAGCAUCGGGGCGCUCAAUAAGAUCCACUUCAACGCCCGCUUCGUGGGCAAGACCCUGAUGACCACCUACCCCGGCACCGUGCUGAUGAUCUUCAGCGUCUCGCUGUGGCUCGUGGCGGCCUGGGGGCUGCACGUAUGCGAGAGGCAUCACAACUACAGGGACCUAAGCAGCAACUACAUGGAGGCCCUUUGGAUGGUGUCAGUCACCUUCCUGUCCAUCGGCUAUGGAGACGUGGUGCCUCACACCUACUGCGGACGCAGCAUCUGCCUCCUCACCGGGAUCAUGGGGGCCGGCUGCACCGUCCUAGUGGUGGCGGUGGUCGCCAGGAAGCUGGAGCUAACGCGGGCUGAGAAGCACGUGCACAACUUCAUGAUUGACUCGCACAUCUCCAAAAGGAUGAAGAACGCGGCGGCAAACGUGCUGAGGGAGACUUGGUUCAUCUACAAGCACACCAAGCUCUCCAGGGAGAAAGAUCACACCAUGGUCCGAAUGCACCAACGCAAACUGAUGCUCGCCAUCCACCAGCUCCGGCGCGUCAAGAUGGACAAGCGAAUCUUAGCAGACCAGGGAAGCACACUGGUGGACCUCUGCAAGGUGAGAGAGUUACAAACGGCGCUGUUCGACGUGCUGGUCGAGGUGCAGGGCUGCCGGGCCGAGCUGGACACGCACGUCCACGGCCUGGAGAAACACGUGGAGGAGCUGCGCGAGGGCUUCCGAGGCCUCAUGCCGCUGCUGACCAGUACCUUGUCCACGCAGAAUUCAUCCAUACGCCACCUACUGCGUGAGAGGGAGAAGACUGCCGGAAGGAAUGAGGCGAGGUAGAAUGAAAAGUGGGUGUCUGGCACCCUCUAGUGGAAGAGCGGGGACAUGCUGCUCGUGUAGUGAAAUAAUAGUGGACUUGAACCAAAACUUUUCUGGAAACGUUUAUGUUCUAAAAAUGUUUUCCUGGACACAUUAUUGGUGGUGGUCAAUUGUGCCAUUAAAUUCAAGUUUCACCAUA